GAGCAAAUAAAAAAAAUACUUUACGCAUCGCGCAUCAUCGUGACGAUCUAAUGUGGUAGUGAAACGAUGGCCACAUCAGCUGGUCAGUAGGUGGUAAAAGCGCACAGUAAUCAGAUGGUAGUUAGCGCAAGCCCAUACUCGCGCCACAGUUACUUAUCGCGCUUGAAACGUGCCUGUGUAUUCAUCCGUUUAUAGCCUCCUUCCCGACGAAGUCACUUCCCAAUGUACGCGCGGAACGCAUGACGAUCAAGUGCGAUCGACGGCGAUAAAAAAGCAUGUGAUCUGAGGCAGGAAAAGUGUUCUCUGAGCCCAAGUGCAUUUGUUGUGUUGAGUCAGCAGCGGCCACAAAUCCUGUACCCUAAGUCCUACCGCUUAUGUGAACAUCUUCUUGUGCUGGAGUGGACAAAACGAUACGGACGAUUUUGGACGAGCGUAACAGAAAUGUUUGAAAAACGAUUUAAACGGCCAAGCGUAGCGAAUGGAGACGGUUUAAUAUUGUACUGCAACCAAUAUAGUUACUACUGCCACAAGGUUCUGCAGGCACUGCACGAGAAAGGGAUCCGGUUCACCAAGUAUGAUAUCGAUGUUACCAAUGAUGAACACUUUUCCGAAUGGUUCCUGGAGCUGAAUCCGCGUGCCGAGUUGCCGGUGCUGCAGAAUGGAUUAUUAAUCGUGCCUGGUUCAAGUCGCAUACUGGACUAUCUGGAGGAAAAUUAUCCUAAAAACAAAGCCCUCCGGAUGCCAAUCGGAACGGAUAAACUGAUUGUUGGCUUUCGGCAGACGAUCGAAAGUUUACCGAUCGGUGUUAUAACGAUCGGAUCCUUUCUUCAUCCCCAGCACGUGGGUAGUCCAAAGUUUCCGUUCGUAUUGCCCGUGCGUCAAACGAUUCUUGCCCGCGAGGAAACGCUUGCCCAGCGGUUACGGUCGUACGCAACCGAGUAUCCUGCUUUUGCGGAGGUUCUGCUAAAGAAGGCUGAUUUCCACGAACGCAAACGAAGCAUCAUUGCGAGCGAAGAAUAUUUCUGCAAGCUUUUGGUAGCGUUGGACGAAUUUCUGACCAGUGUGGAACAAUAUCUAGCAACGAUCGAUAUCGGCCAGUGUUGGCUAACUGGUGCGGACACGUUCACGAUGGUUGAUAUCAGUCUCGGUACGCUGCUGCACCGAUUGUACGUACUCGGGCUGGAGGAUCGUUUUUGGGGCGCCGGAAAAAGACCCCACGUGGGGGAAUACUUUGCUAAGGUCUGUCAACGGGAAUCGUUUCAAAGUGUACUCCCGUCGAAGGUGUCGAUUUUGCGCACGGUAUGGAUAAAUACGCCACCGGUUUAUAAGGCCGGACUAGCUGCCGUCUCAUCCGUGCUAAUCAGUUCCACUCUUUUGAAGCGAUAAUAGUUUCACCAGCGACUCGCUGAUGUGGGGAGAGGUGAAUUCACAGCCGCUAGCUAACACGAUUUUGUGUUUUUGGUUAUUCCUUAAAAAAUAAGUUAAAUCACUGUUACUAUUUUUCGUGCAUAACUAGUAACAUGUAUUAAUGCCAUCUCUUUCCAUUCGUUCAAAUUCUUGUCCCUUUUCCCGCUUGUUUUGGCUAAUCAUGAUAAGCACUGUUCUACUAUCGGCAUAACAUAUGGAAAGAGAUGAAAGUUAUUUAUCUCUUCAUCCGACAGAGUAACGUCUCUCGCCAACCAAAAAUUUAAAUGAGAUGUAAGCACGAGUCUUAAUCUAGAUCUUCGUUAGCUUUUUCAGCGAUUUGACGCCUUAAUGUUGCAACAAAAAUGUUAGCAGAGCAAAUGUAAAAAAAAAUACAAACAGGCAUACACAUCAAAUACAUUCCGAACAUAGUUUCACACGAUUACUAUACUACAGCAAGAGCAAGAAAUAAAUAGUAGACGUAGAGUUUAGCAA